AGAUGUCGGCUUGGUCAUGUGAUCAGCUGUGUCCAAUCACAGCUGAUCACAUGUAAACAGGGAAAUGCCGGUUAUCGGCAUUUCUCUCCCCACAAGCGGUCACGCUGACAGCUCAUCAUCAGGGCACGGAUGAUCAGUGUGCCCUGAUGAUCUGUGUAGCCCCAGCAGCGCCACCUGUCAGUGUCCAUCAGUGCCAGCUAUCAGUGCUCAUCCAUGCCACCUGCCAGUGCCCAUCAGUGCCACAUUUCAGUGCCACAUAUGUGCCCAUCUGAGCUGCCUUUCAGUGUCACCCAUCAAUGCCACCUAUCAAUGCCACCUAUCAAUGCCAGUCAGUGCUGCCUAUCAGUGCCAUAUAUGAGUGCUGCCUUUCAAUGCCCAUCAGUGCCACCUACCAGUGUCUCCUCAUCAGUG